GUUCAUGUGACUUUUUCGGUUGGGUUUGGUUGGUGAUGGUCCCCUCUGCUAGCUGGGAGCUCCCACGAUCUCCUUCCCUGUUCGUGGCAGGUAGCCCGUAGCCCCACCCGGCGGCGGCGCCGGCCCCGACGCGAUUUCUUUCGCACUUGUAGGAUUCGAAUAGAAGUUGAGUUCAAAACCAAAUCAAGAGCAGAUUUGUAGUGUAGGUAGACAAAUAGAAGAGUCCGGCGCGAUUUCUUUCACGCUUGUAGGAUUCGAAUAGAAGUUGAGUUCAAAACCAAAUCUAAGAGCAGAUUUGUAGUGUAGGUAGACAUAUAGAAGAGUCCCAGAUCUGACAGAGGGCAGAGCGGAAACCGUGACAUCUCGGCUAGAUCCCUAGGCGAGGGAGAUACCGUCAUCUGCUUCAACCACAAUGGGGCUUCUGGCUCUAUAGCGGCUCAUUGUCCCUGCAGCGUGACCGACAGCGACGACACCGACCCCUGAAUGGAUCGAUUGCUUCAGUGGAUAAAGGAAGGGGCUCACCCUGUCAACAUGAUGCUUGUGGCGAUUCUCAAGCUGCUAAGAGAAUGAUGUGUUCAAUCCCAACCCUUCCAGAGGGUCUCCACAUUUAGCCAGUGAAUUGUGAGCUCUUCUGAUGAGGACAUACCAAUGGUUACUCAAGUUACACAUAAGCAAGUGCAGGAAGGACCAAUUACGCGUAGCCGAGCUAAGAAACUACAACAAGAGGUGAACACGCUGCUUUGCGAAAUUUAUUUUAGUAUCAAUGAGAAUUAUAUACUGCCUAAGAUGUGCACGUUGUUGGUACUCAUGUUCACCAAGGAGGAUGACAAGAAUACAAAAGAAGACUACAAAGAAGGACCACCUUCGAGCCCGACUUGUUCUGCAUAACAGUCUGAAAGAAGCAGUCAUAACUUUUGAUUCCCAAUAGCUAUAAAGGUCAAUGAGGAAAUUUUGGAAAUAUUAUCAAGUCUACUUUCCAAUGAAAUUUAAGCCGAGUACUUUGGAUUACCACUAAUGAGAUCCGAGUACUUUAGUAAAGACUGCUCAGAAGGUCAACAAUCUACCGGACCAUCAAGUUCUCAUGCAAAACUGUACCAAUCUACGAUGUUUCGUGGUGCAAGCUAUACAUGGUUGGAAAGAUAAAUAAGUCUACUUUCCAACGCAAUAAACCUCAUGUCAUUUGGAUUUCCAAAUAAAGAGUUAUGAUGGAUUGAGUGAAGACUGCACAGAAGACCAACAGCCACGCGAGGCUCCUCGGGAUUUCAGUUCGUGGUGACUUUUCAUUUACCAUAACUUCAGAAACUCUAAGGUCCAUUCACACCCAGUAAGGAGGGUUGUUCCUUGUAUAAAUAUCCUAUGUAUCUCAGAGAUUAGAAGACUUUUGAUCAUUUUGAUAAACUGAAAUUGUUUUGCAGCCGAGCUGUUGAGUGCCUUGCACACCCUUGUUCUUCCUUGUUCUUAUUGGACUUGUGAAGAGAUCCCUCUGGGUUCCGCUACUUCGAGCUCUACGAUUUCCAAUACAGCUGUACCAUUUUGUGUGGAUUAGUCCCGAUUUGUGGUUCUGCGAUCGUUUGAAGAUUGAGUCGAAGUCCUCAAGGUUUCGGUGCCUCUCUCCCCGUCGCAUCUAAUCUUGGCAGGUAUAAAGCUAUUUACCCGAUGUUCGCAGCAAAGUUAUCAUUGUUCUUGAACCUACUGUCAUGAAGAUUGGGCCAUCCUUGUGCUAGAAUAUAUCGGCACCUAUCAUGUGGUAAUCAGAGCUAUCGUUGUCACGGUAGAUUUUGUUAUCACCCGUUUAUCUAUCUUUUGUUUACCAUCUGUUACUGUUUUCAUCCAUCUCAUAUAUUUGUUUUGCCAUAUCCUAUAGUCCACUGAAAAGCCAUACAAAAAAUCCUAUAGUCUUUUGUUGGUACUGUUUAUCUUGUGAUAUUUACACUCAUCUUGUUGCUUGCUAGUCACCAUUGUUGUCUUCCGCCGUAAUCUUGUUAAAUUUUUUUCUCACCCACCCCCCUCGUAUGCUAUCUUGUGUCUACUGAAAAAAAGAAAGUGAAAAAAGGAGAGAUCAGAAAGAAAGAGUUAAAAAAAGUAAAAAAAAAAAGAAGUUGAAAGGGCCUAUAUUGUGGAUUGUGUACCUGCAAGUUCUAAAUUUAGAAUCUAAAAGUUUGUGGUGCUAAUAGCAGCAACGUUUACCAUCUUUGAGUGGCUUACACACUUGUUUUCAGUACCAUAAGCCUCCCUUGAACAGCCACCUAUAGCUCCACAAAAACCUGAAACCGGACCUCUCGUCUUGUAUCCUUUCGAUCGCUUAAUCAUAGCUGCGGUACUGCCACUUUAGCACACUCACAGUCCUUGAGAACGGCUAAGAACUUGGGUAAGCAAGUGGUGAGAUUGUGUGAUUCCACAAAUUUUUCCCCCUCUAUUCCACUUUUUUUGCUACCAAUCUAACAUGGCAGGAUCUGAUUCGAGUGUUCAUGGUGGGAACCAUGGAGAUGAAGAACCUCCAGUUGCGCGGGCUGAGUUACACCAACUAGGAAACACUCUUGGAGGCAAUGGAGAGGUUGUUCAAUGAACGUCUUCCCGCAGCGGGUGGUCGAGGUCCACAAGAAGAAGAAUUUGGUGAUGAAAAUUCUGGAUUUGGUAAUGGAUUUCAUGAUCGUUUUGGCAAUGGUCGUGGUGGACGGCGCGCUGACUUUUAUAAUCAGCAUGGAGGAGGACGUAGACAUGAUCGUCAUGUGCAUUUUGAUGAUGAAGAUGAAGCUCAUGAUGAAUAUGACGAAGGCUUUGAUGAUAAUGAAAAUUCUUUUGCACACCAUGGGUGUUUUGGACAGCCAUAUGAACAGCAUCGUGGUGCUGGUCAUGAUGGGGCAAAUCAUCAUGGUCGUCGCAAUAGAGGUGAUCUAAACAGCAAUGCUCGCAUCAAGUUGAGUGUUCCAAAAUUUUCAAGAAGAGAAGAUGCUGAUUCAUAUCUUGAGUGGAAGGAGCAAUGUGAUCAUAUUUUUAGAGUGCAUAAUCUCUCUGAUCAAAGGCGUGUAAACCUUGCUUCUGUUGAAUUUUCAAGUUAUGCUCUCACAUGGUGGAAUCAAAUACAAGAAAAUCAGCUUGUGUUGGGACGUGAUCAUAUCAACACAUGGGAUGAAAUGAAAAAGGUAAUGAGAAGACGAUUUGUUCCAUCAAGCUAUCAGUGUGACCUUUGUAAUAGGUUACAAACAUUGAGACAAGGAUCCAAAUAUGUUGAUGAUUAUUUCAAGGAGAUGGAGUUGCUUUUGGUGAGAUAUGGAAUUAGAGAAGAUGAGGAAUUAAAAAUGGCAAGAUUUUUGAAUGGUCUCAAUGAAAAAAUUUCAGGUUUUCUUGAGAUGUUUCCAUAUGAUAACUUGCAAGCUCUUGUGCAGCAAGCCAUGCGCACUGAGAGAAAAAUUCAGCAAGAGAGUCGAAGGAGGUCAUAUGGCAGUCAAUCUAUUUUAGCUCCAUGGUGUCGGCAGCAAGCUGGGAUCUCUGUUGUUCGAGCUCGAUCUCAAGGUGCUGCAGCUAGGCAUGCUCCAUCUAUUGGUGCAGCAAAGAUGGUGGUUUCUACUGCUUCUUCACCUGCAAUUCAGCAAGAAAAACUAUGUCCUUCUACAAGUACAACAGCCCUCUCUGUUACAUCAGCUGCUGCAUCAUCUUCACAUAGUCGAAGCAUCGUUUGUCACAAGUGUAAAGGUCGUGGGCAUGUUGCUGCUCAGUGUCCUAGUCGAAGAACCAUGAUUAUAAAUGAGCAAGGUGAAUGGAAAUCUGAAAGUGAACCGGAGGAAGAUGCUCCAAGAUAUGAUGAAGAACUUAAGUAUGAUGAAGGUGGGGAAAUUCAACCUGAUGAAGGAGACAAUAAUUGUUUUAUUUCUCGCCGAGUGCUUAGUGUUGCUGUUGUGAAAGAGGAGAAUAAUUAGCGGCACAAUCUUUUUCACACCCGAGGCAUAAUCAAGGAUAAGUUACGCAGCAUCAUUGUUGAUAAUGGCAGCUACAAUAAUAUUGCAAGUCAAGAAUUGGUUGAGAGAAUGAGAUUGAAACAGCGGCGUCAUCCUUCUCCAUAUAAGAUCCAAUGGUUAAAUGAGUGUGGUACACUGCGUGUGAGCAACAUUGUGGCCGUUCCUUUCUCUAUUGGAAGAUACAAUGAUCAUGUUGAGUAUGACGUGGUGCCCAUGCAAGCAUGCCAAUUGCUUUUGGGAAGACCUUGGUUAUAUGAUCGUGAUGUUCAGAUUUGUGGUCGUGCCAACAAGGUUGUUUUCAUGUACAAAGGAGAUCGAAUCACUUUGCUUCCUUUGUCCCCCGAGAAAAUUUUGAAGGAUGAUAUGAAAAAAAAAACAGCAAGAGAGAGAACCAUUUGCGAGUGACCCACAUAAAUAGUGAGGGAGUGUUUCCAAAGCCAAAUAAAACUCCACAGCUGCAAAUAACCGAGCCAAAGGGAAAAGAGGGUUUAGUGAUGAUGGGAAAAGGGGAUUUAAAAGAAUUGAGUGAACCCAAUGCCAUAUUCUAUGUACUCCUGUACAAGGAUAUUUUUCUUGUCACUAAUGAUUUACCCUCUACCUUGCCUAGUGCUGUUUUUGAUGUGUUACAGGAAUAUGAAGUGUUUCCCGAGGAAGCACCACCAGGGCUGCCACCAAAGAGAGGGAUUGAACACCAAAUCGACCUUGUUUCUGGUGCUCCACUUCCUAAUUGUGCACCAUACCGCACCAAUCCGGAGGAAACAAAACAAAUUCAGCGCCAAGUGCAAGAUCUCAUCAACAAAAGUUAUGUGAAGGAAAGUCUCUCUCCUUGUGAUGUUUCUGUUUUUUUAGUUCCAAAGAAAGAUGGCUCAUGGAGAAUGUGUGUUGAUUGCCGAGCUAUAAAUAACAUCACAAUAAGAUAUAGAUACCCCAUACCUAGGCUUAAUGACAUGCUUGAUGAGCUUAGUGGUGCUAUCAUCUUUACAAAAAUUGAUUUAAGAAGUGGUUAACAUCAAAUCCGAAUGAGAGAGGAAGAUGAGUGAAAAAUAGCUUUCAAAACAAAGUUUGGGCUGUAUGAAUGGUUGGUAAUGCCUUUUGGAUUAACCAAUGCACCUAGCACAUUCAUGAGAUUGAUGAACCAUGUGCUUAGACAUUUCAUUGGUAAGUUUGUUGUUGUUUACUUUGAUGAUAUCUUAAUUUACAGCAAGUCACUUGAUGAACAUGUUGAACAUAUAUAAUGUGUGCUUACUAUUUUGCGGAAGGAAUGCUUGUAUGCUAACCUUGAAAAGUGCACCUUUUGCACCGACAAUGUAGUUUUUCUUGGCUUUGUUGUUUCAGCUCAUGGCGUGGAGGUGGAUGAGGAAAAGAUCAAGGCUGUUCGUGAAUGGAAGCCUCCACAAAAUGUGAGCCAAGUGUGAAGCUUCCUUGGACUUACCGGCUUCUACUGUCGGUUUGUGAAAGAUUUCAGUUCCAUUGCUGCCCCAAUAAACCAAUUGAUAAAUAAAGAUAUACCAUUCCACUAGGGUGAAACACAAGAGCACACAUUUGAAGAGUUGAAGAAAAGGUUGACAUCAGCUCCACUCCUUGCACUUCCAGAUUUCGGUAAGACCUUUGAAAUUGAAUGUGAUGCAAGUGGUGUAGGGAUAAGAGGUGUGCUCAUGCAAGAAAGAAGACUUGUUGCAUACUUUAGUGAAAAAGCUAAGUCGUCCAACUUUGAAUUAUUCAGUUUAUAACAAAGAACUUUAUGCUCUUGUGAGGAGUUUGGAAACUUGACAACACUACCUUUUACCUAAAAAAAUUGUGAUACAUUCAGACCAUGAAUCUUUGAAACAUUUAAAGGGUCAACUAAAACUGAACAAACGACAUGCCAAAUGGAGUGAAUUCAUUGAAUAUUUUCCUUAUAUUGUCAAGUACAAAAAAGGAAAAGAAAAUAUUAUUGCAGAUGCUUUAUCUAGACGCUAUGCUUUGUUGUCCCAACUUGAUGCUAAAAUUUUUGGUUUGGAGAACAUCAAAAAUUUGUAUGCUACUAAUUCAUUCUUUGCUGAACCAUUUGCUAAAUGUUGUGAUGGCAAGGGUUGGGAAAAGUUCCAUUUGCAUGAUGGAUUUUUGUUUAGAGCUAACAAACUCUGCAUUCCAGAUUGCUCUGUUCGCUUAAUGCUUUUGUAGGAUGCUCAUGCCGGAGACCUUAUGGGUCACUUUGGUGUCAAGAAAACAGAGCAAGUGCUAGCUGAUCAUUUCUUUUGGCCAAAGAUGCGGCGAGAUGUGGAGAGAUAUGUUCUUCGCUGUGUAACAUGUCACAAAGCUAAGUCACGCUUGAACCCUCAUGGUUUAUACACCCCUUUACCCAUUCCUAGUGUCUCUUGGGAAGACAUUUCUAUGGACUUUGUUCUUGGAUUACCUCAAACCAAGAGGGGGAGGGAUUCAAUCUUUGUUGUGGUUGAUCAUUUUAGCAAAAUGGCACACUUUAUUUCUUGCCAUAAGAGCGACGAUGCUUCACACAUUGCUGAAUUAAUUUUCAGGGAAAUUGUGCGUCUACAUGGAGUGCCACGUACCAUUGUGUCGGAUCGUGACACCAAGUUCUUGAGUUACUUUUGGAAGACUUUGUGGGGUAAACUUGAGACAAGGCUGCUGUUCUCCACAACAUGUCAUCCACAAACUGAUGGGCAAACCGAAGUUGUCAACCGUACAUUGUCAACAAUGCUGCGAGUUGUUCUUAAGAAGAACUUGAAACUAUGGGAAGAAAGCUUGCCACAUGUGGAAUUUGCAUACAACAGGGCGGUACACUCGACCACUAAAUUUUGUCCAUUUGAGAUUGUAUAUGG